AUGUCAAAAUUAACCGAUACAAAACUGUAUGAAGCAACCAAACGUCUGGAAAAACGCUUGAAAGAGCGUGAAGAUGAGUACAUGAUCUACAAACCAUAUCAUGUUGUUGUCGGAACGUUUAAUGUUAAUAAUCGACAACCACCAGCUCAUAUUUUACUUCAAGAAUGGUUGCACAGUGUGACAAAGAGCGGCGGACAUUCGGAAGAAAUUCUUCCAGAUAUCAUUGCUGUUGGCUUUCAAGAAAUUGAUACGAGCAGCGGAGCAUACAUAUACGAUGAUAAGAAAAAAGAAGAUGAAUGGGAAGGCAUUGUUCGAAAAACCAUAAAAGCUUGUUAUAAGUCAAAGCAUAAUGAUCAUAAAUUCGAUUUAUUAAAUCGCGUUCGUCUAAUGGGUAUAAUUCUAUUCGUAUACGUACGUGCACCGCAUAUGAAUCAUUGUACACUAACUUCUCGAUCGUCCGUUGCAACUGGUUUCAUGGGUUUGGCAGGUAAUAAAGGUGGUGUUGGAAUUCGAUUUCGGUUCUAUCAAACAGACAUAUGUUUCAUUAAUUGCCAUUUUGCAUCGGGUGAUGGACAAACUUCUCGCCGUAAUGAGGAUUACCAAACCAUAGAAUCACGUAUGACAUUUACAUAUGGAACUAGUUCUUCUUUGAAAGAGUAUAUAUGGUAUGCACCAAGCUCAGUUGGCAAUUCAGCAUCGAAUCCUCAAGCAACAUCAGCUUCUACGCAGUGGUGGAAAAUUCAUGAUCAUGACAUUGUGUUUUGGUUUGGUGACAUGAAUUAUCGUAUAUCGCAAACAAAUGAACAAGUUCGUGAAGCACUUAAAGAAUUAUCUACUAUUCCAUUGCAUGAAAAAGAUCAACUACGUUGUGAAAUGAAAUUGAAUCAUGUUUUCCCUAAUUAUUCUGAACCUCCUAUUCAUUUUAUGCCAACAUACAAAUUCGAUCCAAAUACCGAGGUUUAUGAUACAAGUGAAAAACUUCGUACGCCAUCGUGGACGGACCGAAUCUUGUACUACGCCAAACGACCGAAAAUACAGAAUGAAAACAAAGAAGAAUUUGAUUUAGUUCAACCGAUUCACUAUUCAUGUGCUAGAACGAUACAAUUUAGUGACCAUCGUCCGGUCAGUGGUCUCUACAGUAUCAGAACUAAAUAUCAAUGUAACGAAGAGCGUUUAAAUCAGAUACGUGAUGAAUUAAUUCGGCAAAUAGAUCGUGAAGAAAAUGAUUCUAUACCAACAAUUGAAGUCCGUCCACAUCCACCAGCAAUUCUAUUUGAAAAUGUAAAAUAUCUCGAUAAAAUGACAUAUUCAAUAUUGAUAAAAAAUACCGGUGAAUAUUCAUGUCAUUGUAUAUUUUGUCCAUCUUCCAUGUUUGAACCAACGCGUCCGAUCAAUACGAAACAAUUGACUGAUGAACCGAUUUUUGAUUGUUUAUCAUUCAUACCAAGUUCAUCGUAUACCAUUGACGUAGGAAAACAACAACACAUGGAAAUAAGUUUUCAAAUGAAAAGUCGUUACUCGUGGUUCUUUGGGAAGAAAAUCAGUGAAAUUCUUAUUUUACAUGUAGAAAAUGGUGCAGAUACAUUUAUUACCUUAGAUAUCACCCUUGAUAUGGGUCCAUUUGGUUUAUCACUCGAUCAAUUUCCUAUGACUUUGUAUGACAAAGACAAGAAACAGUAUAUUUACUCUAUAGACCAAUCUACAGAUUCGAUAAAUGUUCUAGAAAUGAAAAAUGAUCCUCCAGCACUUUAUAUCUGUCUCAUUGACAAUUUGAAAGAACGCAAUGACAUUCAAUUAUUAAAUAUCUUUAGUAAUGAAAUACAAGACUCGAUUAAUUUAAUUCCAAUACGUGAUCAAAUUUAUACGCACGAUUAUGAUUUUCAAAAGUGUUCAACUAUUUCACUAUUUAUGAUCCUGUUACAUCUGUUACAAUCCUUGCCUGAACCAUUAAUAUCACGUGACAUCCAAGAUCGAGUAUUUCUAAGUAGUAACUCGAAUUUUCGUUCUUAUCAACUACCAAGUGGCGCUGGAAUUCAAUCUCAUAUACCAAGUGAGAUGGCGUCAACGAACUCACACGAUAUGAGUAAAGCUGUUAGUAUGAUUAUUGAAUUAUUGAAAUCCAAAGAAAGAAACUUAUUUUUUCGUUUUCUUUCACUUUUGCAAAAAUGUUGGCCGACAUCUGAACAGAUCAAACGAACAGAAAAUGCACGAAAUAGUUUAACUAUCUGUAUUGAUAUUUUAUCUCUUUCAAUAUUGCAUGAUCAUGCUGAUCGGAACCAGCGACAUACAUUCCUUUUAGCCUGUUUGAACGAAGAGAAAAAGAAAAGUCAUAAAUAA